AUGGGACAUUCAGAGCCAAGUGCCGAGGAGUUGGUGGUGGAGCCUUAUGGAUCAAUUAGAGCUAAAACUGUGGAUCCCGAUCUUAAUGUUUUGGUCAUUGAGAAAGGAAAGCUUUUAUCACAGGUUAAAAUUUCUGGGGGUGGAAGGUGUAAUGUUACCAAUGGCCAUUGUCCUGACAAUGUAUUUUUGGCAGAUCAUUAUCCUAGAGGUAACAAAGAAUUGCUAGGUUCUUUUUUCAACAUGCAUGGCCCUAUGGAUACCAUGUCCUGGUUUGUUGAUAGGGGUGGAUUUGAAGGUUAUUUUCUGCAAACUACUCGUGUAUGAUAUCG